GGGUCAAACCAACAUCUCUCAGCUCGUUGCUUCCUUCUUCUCUCCUCUUUCGUUAUUCACAUUCUCAUCAUUUUCUCUCUCAUUUAAGCGAAUCAACUGAGCUAAUUGCAAUCACCUUUUCUCUCUCUCUCUCUGCGCCUCUGCUCCACUUUUUGUAUUCUUAUUCACACCAAAAGCAUCUCACUUCCCCAUACUUCCCAACAAAGAUUUCAUCUUUUUCUCAAUGGAGAAAGAGGGCAACGCCAGCAACUUGUUUUCCACCUCCACUGAUCUCAAUUGCAGGCUUUUCCGACCCAAUUGGGAGAAUUCAGUCGAUCAGAACGACCCCUUCGAGUCGGCAUUGAGCUCCAUGGUCUCGUCCCCAACCGCUUCGCACAACAACAACGGCAACAACAAUGGCGAGAACAUCGUUUUGCGUGAGCUGAUUGGGCGAUUGGGCAGCAUUUGCAAUUCGGGAGAGAUUUCCCCUUUCAACAACAACAACAGUGCUAACACCUCCUGCUACAGCACCCCUCUCAAUUCCCCUCCCAAGCUCAAUCUCAUGAGGGAGAGGGGGAGCAAUCAGUUCCUCUCUCUCCCCACCUUCUCCGCCGAUCCGGCCUUUGCUGAGCGGGCCGCGAGAUUCUCCUGCUUCGCCAACGCGAAUUUGGGCGGGCUCAGUGAAAUUCCCCCAAAACUCGAUCCGGCGAAGAUCCCGCCGCCGUCAGUUCAAGAAAACUGGGAAUCAAUUCGGGCUCCGGAGAAGAAUUUCAUGGCUUCUAGAUCCUCCACGCCUGAUAAUGCAGCUGAUUCGAGGGAGAAUUCGACUGUUUCCGAGCAGAUCCCGAUUCCCGAAAAUGGCGGAAACCCUAGAAAGAGAAAAUCCGCCCCCAAAGGAAAGGGGAAAGACACCGCCGUCGCUAAUGUUUCUGCGUCGGAGAAUAGUGAAUCGAGUGGGAAGAGAAGCAAAUCGGAAGAGGAGAAGGCGAAUCAGAAGGCGUCGAAGGAUAAUUCGAAGCUUCCGGAGCCUCCCAAGGACUACAUCCAUGUCCGAGCUCGGCGUGGCCAAGCUACAGACGCCCAUAGCCUCGCAGAAAGAGUUCGUAGAGAGAAGAUCAGUGAGAGGAUGAAAGUGCUUCAAGAUCUUGUGCCAGGUUGCAAUAAGGUUACUGGGAAAGCAGUUAUGCUUGAUGAGAUCAUUAAUUAUGUGCAGUCUUUGCAGCGCCAAGUUGAGUUCCUUUCGAUGAAACUGACUACCGUUAAUCCGAGAAUGGAUUUCAACAUGGAGGCACUAAUGUCUAAAGAUAUGUUUCAGUCUCGCGGCUCGAUGUACCCAUCGGAUGGCUACCCGUUCCAAUCCCCGUGUGGGAACGAGGCGCCUUUCCCGCCUAGCCAUGGGAGAACCCAAGGGCCUCAAAUGGAGAAUUUCGGCGAUGCACCCUCUCAAGUCUCAUCCUUUUGGGAAGAUGAUCUGCAUAGCAUUGUGCAGAUGGGAUUCGGACAAGGCCAGAUGCAAAAUUUUCAAGGGAUUCUUCCCACAUCUCAAAUGAAAGUUGAGCUAUGAUGGAUUCAUAUACCAUUCUUGAUUUCUAUUCAAUUUGAGGCCCCAAGUGAGAGUGGCUUCUGUAUAUAGUGGGAAAAAAAUUCUAGCUUUUUAAAGCUAUAGAAAUGGUGACAGAAAAUGGAGACUUCACUUCUUUGGUUCUUGCUCUGUAUUUUGAUAUGAUUAUCAAUUUUUUUGGGAGGAAAUUUCCACACUAAUUAGUUACUAAGGCUGUGAAAGUCAAUUGUAACAUGUAUUGUGUUUAGGGGUUGAUGAAGAGACAAUCAUCAAUCUUCCAUGUAAUAAUUCUUUUUUCAAUAUUUUGCCUUUUUAAAAAAAAUCUUUGUGGAUA